ACUAGUGGGCUCAGAAGGGCAGGACAGGCCAGACCAGAGAGCUGCACUGGCCAUCUGCCCUGGACUGGAACGCUCUGUAGCUCUUAAAUAAAGUGCUUGAAAGUGCAUGCAGAUGAAAUGGGUGGCUGAAGGAAGAGUAAGUGAUGUAUGAGAGGGGGUAAGACCUGUUUAAUUGGUUGAAGUUAAAUCCCAUGUGUUCUGUUAAACAGGCUUUAAAGCUCCAUAAUGAGCUCCCGUAUUGGAAUGUCUGUCGAUGGUGGCACUAGAAGGAACAUAAGAAAUGGUAAUGAAGAUCCUAGUGAGGUAAACAGCAGCAAUGAGGUUCAUAAUCAAUGGAUGAAGCCAAUGAGACCUUGCCUGAGGGGUGCAAAUCAAGCUGGAGAGCACCUGGGGAGAACUGCCCUGCCAGGAAGAAAGGCGCACAGAAAGACCUGCCCUGAGGACAAACAAGGAAGAAGAGGGGAAAAAAAACAAGAAAGGGAUGAUGGAAGACACUUCAGAGGUAAAGACAGAGAACAUGAACUGCCUAGAAUGUUGGAAACAUUGUGUGCAGAUCAAGCCCAAGAUGGACCAAGAAGAGGAACCUCUGAAAACAUUUCCAGCAGUAACUCUGACAUGCAGUUAAAAAGCGUUUUGGAAGCUGGAGAACCAUCAAACCUCUCUAAGAGGCAGCAUACAAGUUCUAGAUCACAAACUAUUGGCUUUCUCCAGACUGCAACAAGCAAUUUAAACUCUACAUCUGGCCGGCCCGCUUUUCAAAGCAGAUUUACUCAUCCGUCAUCACCAGCUCCGUCAUCCAGAGAUUCUGAUCCAUUCUGGACAGAAGUAAGAAUAGGGGCAGGCACAGGGCAACCAUCACAAAACCAUUCAAGUCAGACAAACUCCUCAGAAUCACAUGAUGAAGAAGGGGAAGAUAAGAAUGAGGACGUCGAAAAAGGCGAGGAAGAAGGUGGUGGAGUGGUUGAUGUGACGGGUCAAGCCAUGUACUCAACAGAGUCGCCACCUUGUAUCCCUUCAGAAGAGAGGAGGAUGAGUAAAAGAGAGAAGAGCAGAAGCAAAAGUGUGAGACGGAGGCAAAGGAAGUGGGGGAGAUUGAGGCUGAGUCAGCAGCAGGAGAGGACACAGAGUUCAACAGAAACCCCCGCCACCAGCUGCAGCUGCAGCAGCAAUGAGGAUGAAGAAGCCCUGAGCAUGAGAGACAAAGAAGGUUUCAUCUGUGCUGUGUGCUUGGAUGUGUACUUCAGUCCUUACAUGUGUCACCCAUGCAACCACAUCUUCUGUGAGCCCUGUCUGAGGACACUUGCAAAGAACAACUCCACAAAUACCCCCUGCCCUCUCUGCAGAACUAUCAUCACUCAUGUCUUCUUCCAAAAGGAGCUGAACCAAACAGUAAAGACAUUUUUCCCAAAGGAAUACCUUACCAGGAGGCAGAACUUUCAGAGAGCACCUUGCUCAAAGUGGCCUCUCCCAAGCUGCAGGAAGCUCUUCCACAUCUUUCGAGGUUUCCAGAGGCAGUCAAACCCAAGUAUGAGACGCCAUUUCCCCCAUGGAGCAGGAUUUCCCCUCGACACCAUGGACUUCGAGGAUGACUCAAGAGGUUGGCGGUUCGACAUGGACAUGGUUAUAAUCUACAUCUACUCCGUGAAUUGGGUUAUUGGCUUCUUCAUAUUCUGCUUUCUUUGCUAUUUAUUCUUCCCUUCCUUUUGACAAUCUUGCCAAUUAUGAUGGAAUGAAACAAUAAAGGAGCAUGUUGAAGACUCAUAA